AAAAGCACACUAAAAAAGUCAAUGUCAAGUCCAAAUGAUAUAACCAACACAACUUAACCUAACUCGCACAAAGAAAAUGUACCCGAAAAGAUAGUGGAAACAAUUUAAAUUCAACAUGUUAUCAAAGUUAAUUACACGAAAUUAUAUCAGAUAUACAAGAAUUUUCGAAAGUAAACUUCAAAAUAGUUUAUCGGCAUUCAAUUCCAGCUAUACAAAUCCCACAUUUAAGGAAACACCAUCUGAUAAUAAAUCCUUAACUGCAAAAUUAGUCAACAAUUCACCAAAAACAGUUCAGCCAUAUUUAAAACUAGUGAGGUUUGAUAGACCUAUAGGCACGUUGUUAUUAUUUUGGCCAUGCAGUUGGAGUAUUGCUUCAGCAGCAGUUCCAGGUUCUAUACCAGACCUGUCCAUGUUAGCAUUAUUCGCAACAGGAGCUUUAGUUAUGAGAGGAGCUGGUUGCACAAUAAAUGAUAUGUGGGAUAAAGAUAUUGAUGGAAAAGUCGCAAGAACCAAAGAUAGGCCUUUAGUGAAUGGUGAUAUAUCUAUGAAGCAAGCAUUUGUGUUUCUUGCCGGACAACUAAGUGUAGGUUUAGCUAUUUUAUUACAAUUAAAUUGGCCUAGUGUAUUUCUCGGUGCUAGUUCGUUAGCUUUAGUAGUUACUUAUCCUCUUAUGAAAAGAGUUACAUAUUGGCCACAGUUAGUUUUAGGAUUGACUUUUAACUGGGGUGCUCUGCUAGGUUACAGUGCAAUACAUGGAUAUGUUGACGUACCAAUAUGUGUACCUUUAUACUUAGCUGGUGUGUGCUGGACUAUUAUUUAUGAUACUAUUUACGCCCAUCAAGAUAAAUCAGACGACUUACGAUUAGGGAUUAAAUCCACUGCACUUAAAUUUAAUGAUUAUACAAAAAUAUGGUUGAGUGGAUUUGCAUCAACGAUGAUAGGAAGUCUCAUACUAUCUGGAAUUAUGAAUUCGCAAACUUGGCCAUAUUACACUGCUGUGAGCUUAGUAUCUUUACACAUUGCAAAUCAAAUCAUUUCAUUAAAAGUUAAUGAUGCUAGCGACUGCUCUAGAAAAUUUGUUUCUAAUUCUACUGUAGGUUUUAUUAUAUUUUGUGGCAUUACUUUGGGGAUAUUAUUGAAGAAAGAGAAACCUAAAGAAAAUAAGGAAAAGAAAUAUCUGUUACCAUUAAAUUUACAAUGAGUGUGAAAACAAUUAAUGUUUUAUUUAUUUUUUUUAUUAUUAUUUUGUUUUAAUUCAUCUAAUAUUUCCAAGUCAAAAUAAUGUGUCAUUGAAGAAAAUUAAAAACUAAUAAUUGUUUUAAUGAAAUAAAUAAUAAAUUAUUGUCUAUGUUUCAUUAAAAACUGAUUUAUUAGUAGAGAUAAGGAAAAUGAAAAUUUAUUGUAUUUCUUUCUUGCCAUAUGUUUUAGGAUAGCUGAAGUUACCCAAAUAAAGAAACUGCUUAGUAUGCAUCUUAUAUCUUUUUAUGUAUAUAGUAUAUUGUGUAACUAGUGCAGAAAAUAUUCUGCUGAUGUAAGGUUUAAUAUGAUUAACCAUGACUAUUAUAUACAGUACCUAUUAUACAUCUGUUUAUUCGACCUUAAUAAUAUCCUAAAUCCAGUAAUCAUUGCUGUCAAAUGUUUUGUUGAUUCAACUAUAAUAUGGUAUUGUUUUGCUACAACAAAUUACUCCUAAUGAUAGAUUGGAUUGAUAAAUUAGGUUUCCAGUUCACCACAUUUAUUCACAAUUGAUUUUUAAUUUUAGAUUAUUAGAAAUAAAAUGUUUCUUAUCAUAGCUAGAAAUUUUAUCAAAUUACAGAGAAAAAUAAUUCAAAUUAUUUUUGAAAUUAUAUUAUCAUAAAUCUUUUCAAUUGAUUAAAUUAUUUAAUAAUUC